UAGCCGGCAAAUCAACAAACAAACAGGUGACAUUAAAAAAUCCUGAGUUCCUGUUUUACUGAGUCCUUAUUUCCAUUUUUGUUUAUAAAAUAAUAAUUAUUAAUUAUUUUUAUGAGAUUAUGCCAAGUGAUUGAUUGCUACAAUUAACAUCGCAGGGAGUUUAAAAAAAAGUCUUUCUAACUAAUUCACAAAGAAGCCAGAGAAAUGCUUGCACUCCCAUUAUGGAUUUUUAUGUGCUUCAGUUUGGGUCUAGCUCAAGAUUUAGAUGCUAACGGCUACUUAGUCUAUUGUCCCUGUAUGGGACGUUUUGGCAAUCAAGCGGACCAUUUUCUUGGAGCCUUAGCUUUCUCCAAAGCUUUGAAUCGUACAUUGAUCUUACCACCCUGGGUGGAGUAUCGUAAAGGUGAAAUGCGUUCAAUACAGGUUCCCUUUGAUACAUAUUUUGAUGUAGAAACCCUGCAAACCUACCACCGCAUUAUUUUAAUGGCUGACUUUAUGAAGGAAUUCGCUCCUACAGUGUGGCCUGAAGAAAAGCGGGUCUCAUUUUGUUAUAUGGAACGAAAAAGUAUACAGAAAAAAGAGAACGCUAAUCCUGGCUGCCACGCCAAGGAGGGCAAUCCUUUUGGACCAUUUUGGGAUACAUUUCAAAUAGACUUUAUUGAUUCCGAAUUUUAUGGUCCUUUGCUUUUCGAUGUGCAUCAUAGCAAUAUGGCAGAGAAAUGGAAUGAACGUUAUCCACCUAGCUUAUGGCCCGUAUUGGCUUUUACGGGAGCCCCUGCCAGUUUUCCUGUACAAAAAGAAAAUCGAGAAUUGCACGCUUAUCUGAAAUGGAACCAAAAAUAUCGAGAUGCUGCUGCAAAAUUCAUUAAAAACACUUUGCCAAAAGGCGCAUUUUUGGGCAUACAUCUACGUAAUGGCAUCGAUUGGGUAAGAGCAUGUGAUCACAUACGAGAUAGCCAACAAUUGUUUGCUUCACCGCAAUGCUUGGGCUACACCAAUGAGAAGGGUAAUUUGUACCCAGAGCUUUGCAUGCCAUCCAAGGAAUUGAUAAUACGUCAAAUCAAACGUUUGAUAAAGAACGUCAAGCAAGAUCAUCCAAAGAAUGAGAUUCGUUCCAUAUUUGUUGCUUCGGAUGCCAAUCAUAUGAUAGCAGAAUUAAAUAGUGCUCUUCAACGUAUGAAUAUCUCAGCUUUUCGCCUGCCGGACGAUAAUCCACAUCUUGAUUUGGCAAUUUUGGGCAUGUCUAAUCAUUUCAUAGGCAACUGCAUAUCAUCCUAUUCAGCCUUUGUUAAAAGGGAACGUGAUGUUAAAGGGUUUCCCUCCUAUUUUUGGGCAUACCCAAAGGAAAAGGAACGUCAACACAUGAAAGUUCAUGAAGAACUUUGAGCUAAUUGACUACACUAACAUUUAAUUCCAUAAAAAAUCUCAUAGACUUUAAGUUAAAAAGUAAAAUUAAAUUAUAUAUUAGUAUUUCAUUGUAGCCCCAAUUAAGGGGAUACAGUUUAUAUUUAUAUCCUUUUUAUUAAAUACAUAGACGUCAUAAAAAAUUAAA